UCUCGCCCGCAGUUCCCCGGGUUUGACGAUCUCUACUGCAAGUUCUGCUUCGUCUACGGCCAGGACUGGGUCCCCACGGCGGGCCUGGAGGAGGGCAUCUCCCAGAUCACCUCCAAAAGCGACGUCGCACCCACCACCCUCGUCUGGAACUUCCCCAUCGACAUCACCUUCAAGAGCACCAACCCGUCGGGCUGGCCGCAGAUCGUUGUGAGCGUCUACGGACCUGACUUCUUUGGAAACGAUGUGGUCAGGGGUUACGGAGCUGUUCAUGUGCCCUUCACCCCGGGAAGGCAUACAAGAACCAUAGCGAUGUUUGUUCCAGAGUCCACAUCUAGGCUGCAGAAAUUUACAAGCUGGUUCACAGGGAGACGUCCUGAAUUUACUGACCCCAGAGUGGUGGCACAGGGAGAAGGAAGAGAAGUAACAAGAGUGCGAUCUCAAGGCUUUGUGACCAUUUCCUUCAACAUAGUGACCAAAGACAUGAAGAAGCUGGGCUAUGAUGUGAGCCCAAGGGACGUGCAGGACCCUUCUCUGGUGCCUGGCACAGAAGGGAUUCAUAAGUACUGA